AUGACAAAAUUUGGAUAUUUUGUUCUGCUGUAUUUCGUGUUGUUUGAGCUACCCGUGUGCUACAACAUCUCACAAACACCGCAGUUUGUUGAACAUGACAUAAUGUGCCUCAACGAGACUCAAAAUCAAUUGGAUCCCGAUCUUUUGACGUGGAGCUUCGAAAACAGCAGCCACGGCUUUAUCUGCGACUUUGAUGGAGUCGAGUGCUGGCAUAUCGAUGACGGCAGAGUGAUGAGCAUUAAGCUCCCCGGAAUGGGGCUUUCGGGAGGUUUCCCCAGCGCCUUGAAGUACUGUGGGAGAAUGACUAUUUUGGAUCUCUCUGGCAAUAGUCUUUCAGGCCAAAUUCCAAGGGAUCUCUGCAAAUGGCUUCCCUUUCUUGUGAAACUUAAUCUUUCGUCAAACCAGUUUACUGGGUCGAUUCCCGCCGAGCUCGCUAGUUGUAGUUAUCUGAAUGCCCUUUACUUGAAUGACAAUGAACUUAGCGGCUCGAUACCAUGGGAAUUGACGCGGCUGGAGCGGCUCAAUAACAUCAAUUUUGCAAAUAAUAAUCUUACAGGGCCAAUACCCUCUAAAUGGGCCUCUAAUAGCAUCCAACUUUUUCAUGGUAACCUUGCACUAUGUGGGAAACCCUUGAGCAGGGGAUGUGGAGAACCAAAAUCACCAAAUUCAUUGGGAACGGUGGUUGUUUCAGCGCUUGUGCUUAACGGCAUUGCGAUUGUUACCUGCAGCAUUCUCUGCACUCGCAGCUGGAUUUCAAAACAAGCAUCUCGAGGAUCGUCACUGCAGCCAUUCAAGCAGCCCGCUGAUCAUCUGAAAGCUCGGAGGUCCAAAAAAGUUUGCUUGUUCGAGAAGCCCAUAAAAAAUAUGAGAUUGGGUGACCUUCUGGAUGCUACCCACAACUUCAGCGAAGACAACAUCAUAUGGAGUUGCAGUGCAGGGGUCUUUUACAAGGCUGAGCUGCCCGACGGCUCUCUGCUGGCGGUGAAUAGGCUGAGGACAUGCGAGCAGAGUGAAAAGGGGUUCAAGUGUGAGAUGAAGACAUUGGGGCAUCUCAGGCACCGCAAUUUGGUCCCGCUUUUGGGUUACUGCAUAAGCGACAACCAAGAGCGGCUGCUCGUCUACAAAUACAUGGCCAGAGGAACUCUGCUCAAUUGGUUCCAGGGACUCCACAGAGACCAGAAUGAGUUGGACUGGGCCACCAAACUUAGGAUUUGUAUCGGAAUUUCAAGAGGACUGGCGUGGCUUCAUCACAUCUGCAAUCCUCCUGUCAUCCACCGCAAUAUAAGCUCGGGAGUUGUUUAUGUGGAUGAGGACUAUGAACCCCGCAUUAGUGGGUUCGGAUUGGAGAGAUUCACCAGCGAUGCAGGGGAGAUAUGUAUAAGCAUUUGUCCCGAGCAGAAUAUGGGAAAGAAAUUCCAAUACGAUGCGCCGGAACAGUGCAGGAAUAUUCGGUCUCCGGGCACAUUGAAAGGGGACGUGUACAGCUUUGGAGUGGUGGUGUUCGAAGUGAUAAGUGGAUUAAAGGCUGGCGAUGCUGUCCCGGACAAGGAAAGUGGGAAGCAACUUCCGUUGAUCGAAUGGAUACGUCGUGGCAGCGCUCAGGCAGAGCGGGCAGUAGAAAAAUAUGUGGAGGAGAGGUGUUUUCUGUCGGGGGAAGAGAAAUCAGCGGUGGAGGAGUUAAUGGAGGUGGGUUUUAGGUGUGUGAGAUAUAACCCGGAAGAAAGGCCUUCAAUGUAUGAAGCCUACGAGACUUUGACUAAAAUUGGGAAAAAGUAUGGAGUUACAGAUGAGGAGGAAAUGCACCUUGCGUAUGCAUCUCGCUCGAUUUAUACUUAG